GCUGCUGCUCGCUGCUUCUCUCUGGUCGCGAGCGCUGUCAGAUUCACCAAGAAACUCCUUUCUCCUGUGCAAUUUCUCCUCAGUUUCUCGGUUCGAGAUGUUUGAUCUGUAGAGUGGGGCAGCGCAGAGGUGGGAGGCAGUGUGUGUGAUUGGGGGCGGAAACUGGGAGGAGGGGUAGGGGGAGGAAGGCCGAUUUGAUGCGUGGCUCCGGCGAGGCCGUCGCCGUUGCUCGAGACGUCGCGUCGUCGAGCCCAGCGAAACCCCCAUCGGCAUUGGACAUGAUGAGAUUUCAGAGAGUCGGUCCGGAUUGUCUCCCGCUCCCCAAUGGCAGCGGCGGCAGCGGGAGCCGGAAGCCGACGGCGGCGACCAGAUCGAGCAAGGACGACGACUCCCCGGCCGCCGCCAGCGACAGCAAGGGCAUCGGACCGUACCUCGCUAGCGCAUCGGCGUCGGUCGAGUCUAAGCCGCGCACUCGAGCUCCGCCGCCGCCGCAGCCUCCACAGGCGGCGGCGCCGGCCCCGGCCCCGCCGUCGUCCUCAACGGCGGCCGCAGGAAGGAGCCCUGCGCGCGACCACGGCCACCACACCUCCGACUUCGCCGACCCCACCUCCCCGACCUCCACCGGCGGCGCCGGCGGCGCCGUGACCGACUCCGCCGUGCUGCUCCAGUGGGGCCACAACAAGCGCUCGCGCGGGCGGCGCGACGCGUCCGCCUCCGCCUCGUCGGCCUCAGCGGCCGCGCCCUCCCCCCAGCGCCGCCAGGCCGCGGCCGGCGCGGUCAAGAUCCAGCGCCGGUCAUCAGCACCCGCGGAGAAGCUGAUGCCGCCGCCGAGCACGACGCCCUCCCGCGGCUCCACCCUCCGCGUCGCCUCCUCCCUCCCGGCCCGCGGCAGCGCCGGAGACGCCGCCCACCACCACGGCCGCACCACCCUCCCCCACCACAGAUCCGGCGAGCAGUCGGCGACGAAGGCGGAGAAGCAGCAGCAUCGGCCGGCGUCGGACAGCAAGGCGCACAGGGCGGAGGUGGUCAUGGCUUUGGCCAAGGCGGACUCCAAGUUCCAGCAUCACGCCGGCGGCAGCGGCCACAGCCAGGCCGCCGCCGAUCACCACGGCCCAAGCUCGUCGUCGAAGGCGGCGGCGGCGGCGACGCCGGUCACGCAGAAGUUCGAGCUGCCGCGGAUCUACACGACGCUGUCGCGCAAGGAGAAGGAGGAGGACUUCAUGGCCAUGAAAGGCACCAAGCUGCCGCAGCGACCCAAGAAGAGGCCCAAGCUUGUCGAGAAGCAAGUCAACUUCAUCUGCCCAGGAAUGUGGCUCUCGGAUGUGACCAGAUCCAAGUAUAUCGUCCGCGAGAAGAAGUGCACCAAGAAGCAACAGAAGUACAGGGGCCUGAAAGGGAUGGAGAGCAUGGACAGCGACUCCGACUGAUCGCGCAAGCCUGGAGCGGAGCGCGCCCACAGGUGGGUGAAUUUGCUGGCAUCAUCUAGAGAAAAAUCGCGGAAAAAGGGAAAGUGAAGAUCAGUAGAGGGGAGGAAGAAGAAGACGAGGAGAGGUCAGGGAUGGAUGGAUGGCGAUGCAUGAGCCCUCUUUGGGUUAGGAGAAAAACAAAACAAAAAACAACAACAAAAAAAAGAUGAAGAGAACUUUCAUUGGGCUGUUCCUUCGAUUCCAUUUUGUAUAUCUGGGUGGUUAGGGGCGCCUCUUUUUUUUUUUCCUUUUCCUUCUCAUUUUUUCCUCCUCUUUUUUUGGUGACAUUUGGUGGGUUACAUCCAUGGCUAUUUCCAUGUGGUGAUGGUGGUGGGCUGUGCAUAGUUUUAGACUCUCAGGAAGAAGAAAGGAGAAGACUGAUGUUA